UAGAACCCAAAAUGAAUGAGCACCUCUCUCUCGAACAAUGAUAUAUCAUCACCACUUUCCUUUUCCCUCCUUUCCCUCUAUACAUACUACAUCUUCUCUUCUUCUUUCUUCUUAACCCGCGCUCAUUUCACACUCCGGCGCACAUUACCACCGCCACCGCCACAAUCGCAUUCUGAUUUAGUUUUUUUUGACGAAAUGGCGAAUAGAGUAGAUCUGGACGGGAGGCCGAUAAAGACAAUGACGAUAUGCAUGAUCGGAGCCGGAGGUUUCAUCGGUUCACAUCUCUGCGAGAAGAUACUGAACGAAACGCCGCAUAAGAUCUUGGCUCUUGAUGUGUACAAUGACAAGAUUAAACAUCUUCUUGAACCGGAUUCUUCACUUUGGGCCGAUCGGAUCCAGUUUCAUCGUAUUAACAUUAAGCAAGAUUCUCGAUUGGAAGGCCUUAUCAAGAUGGCAGAUCUGACUAUUAAUCUGGCUGCGAUCUGUACUCCCGCGGAUUAUAAUACGCGGCCUUUGGAUACGAUUUACAGCAAUUUUAUUGAUGCCUUACCUGUGGUGAAGUACUGCUCAGAGAAUAACAAGCGUUUAAUUCAUUUCUCAACUUGUGAGGUUUAUGGUAAAACUAUUGGUAGCUAUCUUCCUAAAGAUAGCCCUCUUCGCCAGGAUCCUGCUUACUACAUUCUUAAAGAAGAUGAAUCCCCCUGCAUUUUUGGUUCCAUCGAGAAGCAAAGAUGGUCUUAUGCAUGCGCAAAGCAAUUGAUCGAGAGGCUGAUAUAUGCUGAGGGUGCAGAGAAUGACCUUGAGUUUACCAUUGUGAGACCUUUCAACUGGAUUGGUCCCAGGAUGGACUUCAUUCCCGGCAUUGAUGGCCCAAGUGAGGGCGUUCCCAGGGUUUUGGCAUGCUUUAGCAAUGCUCUUCUGCGCCAUGAGCCACUCAAGCUUGUAGAUGGUGGUGAAUCCCAGAGAACAUUUGUUUAUAUCAAGGAUGCCAUUGAAGCUGUUCUUUUGAUGAUUGAAAAUCCAGCCAGAGCUAAUGGCCAUAUUUUCAAUGUGGGAAACCCGCACAAUGAAGUGACCGUGAGGCAACUUGCUGAAAUGAUGACAGAGGUUUAUUCAAAGGUAAGUGGAGAACCUGCUCUGGAGGUGCCAACUGUGGAUAUCUCCUCAAAAGAAUUUUACGGUGAAGGAUAUGAUGAUAGUGAUAAGAGAAUUCCAGACAUGACCAUUAUCAAUAGACAACUUGGUUGGAACCCGAAGACAUCACUGUGGGACUUGCUUGAAUCGACCCUCACUUACCAACACAGGACAUAUGCGGAAGCAAUUAAGCUGGUGAUUGCAAAGCCAACUUCCAGCUAAGGAACUGAAGAACACUUUGAGAAGGGGUAAUAUCUUGGAUAGGUUGUUUGUUGUUGUUAGCAUAAGUCCAAUUCUUUGUCGACGGAAAUCUUAAAUAUCGUAACAUUCGGAACCAAUAUACGCUACAAAUUUUUUGUCUUUCCAGUGUCGGUAGUUCAAUGGCUCCCAGUAGCUCGGAAAAUGUCUGUUUGGGAUGAUGAUAUUAUUCUGAAAAGGUAUUAGGUAAAUGUUUUAGAUCUGGUGUUGCUGUUGUAAGUUGUUACAUAAUCCCGGGGGGUAUUAUACGAAGUUGGUUUUUGUUUCUGUAGUAGAGGUUUGCUUUGAUCUGUUUUGGCAUCCCUCUGUUUUGUUUCUAUUAAAGAAUGUGUUGUAUUAAUUUGAUAUAUGAUAAUCUCUUUCAUAA